UUUCUUUUUCUUAGGAUUUUUAAAGAUCAUAAGCCUUAUAAAUACUAAGCACCAACCACCAAGCAACAACGCUUUAUAUCCCCUACUUGGAACAGAUUAAAAGUUACAGAGCGGUUUCGGUUUUAGAGUGUAUUUGCAUGCCGGGCGCUUCAGAGCUCUUCUAUGGAAGGAGGUCUCGCAUAGGCCGAAUCACCCCUGAACCAGGAGGAAUCGGGAUAAGUGAAGCUCCCGAUCGAAACCCUUACCAUCACCACCACCACAACAACAACAACCACAACCAUCGUCACCAUCAUAAUCGUAAUCGCAGCAGCCAUGAUGUCAGGCCUCUUUGCUAUCGCACUUUUCAAUCUGAGCGUGAAUCAAUUCGAAUAGAAAAUGUUGCUAGCCAAUCUGGUACAAGCAAUGAUACCAGCACAGAAAUUUCAAGCAGUAGAGCCAGCAGGCUGAGAUUCACAAGGAAUGACAGGCUUCCUGGAGCUGUACUACUGGCAAGGGAAAGGCUUGUUGAAAGACUGAGAGGUGUAUCUCUCUCUGGUAACAGACAAAGUGGCAGAGCAUCAUCAGGCAUCUCCUGGGAUGAGUUUGCAGUUAGCGAUGACUUUAGGCUUGUUGACGCUGGGGACUGGGAGACUGAGGGCCCAAGGGAGUGGUUCCCAUUAAGUGUUUCUGAUUCCCAAACAGGCCUAUCAUCUUUGCCGGGUUUAAACCACAAGAAGCCACCAGGACUCAGCAGGGAGGAGGUGAAGUGUCUUCGCCAUGAGGUCUUCAACAAGAUGGGCGUAAGUGAUGAGAGGUUGGUACUAAUUGCAGCACAGGAGUGUAGUAUAUGCCUGGAGAGGUUCCAGGAAGGAGAUUUGCUGGUCUCCCUUCCUUGUGAGCAUAGGUUCCACUCUGCGUGCUUGGAGCCAUGGGUGCUGACUCGUGGGGAUUGCCCGUACUGUCGAACAGGUGUAGUUGUUGGUGAUCACCCGGUGGGAACGAAUAUACUUCCAUGAGCAAAGUGGGUGUUCUUUUUACUGUAUACUGUAGAACCAAAUGGGAGACUGCUUGGACUC